GAUAUUAUGGAAAUGGCGCUGAAGUUGAAAAUUAUUAUUUGAUCUGUUUAAUAAUUGUAGUAUAUUGUGUGUUAGUACCAUUAUGGGUAUUUGUCUAUAUUGUGAUCUUCAAAAAUGAAUAAAAAGGACACUCAGACAGGCACUAAAUCAUUAGCGAAGCCUUUAAGAAACAAACAUAUUGGACGACGAACUGGAGUAAAUGUAAAGGAGGGGAAGAACAUUCGAAAGUUUAAAGAUGGCUAUGAAAACUUUGAUGAUUAUUGGACAGAAUCAGAAGCUGAUUCAAUUUGUGACAUGUCACUUUACAAGAAGCCUGUCACCAACAAGGAAAACGUCCUCGUCAGAAAUCAUGUAUCUACAGCUGUAGAGAACUCCACACAGGAUAGUAUUGGCCCCUCAGUUAGUUUUGCGAAUGGGAACAAGAACCUAGCUUAUUUGAGAAACAAGAAUAUUGGAAGACGAACGGGACAAGAUGUAAAAGCUGGGAAAGACAUCAGACGCUUCAAAGAUGGUUUUGAAAACUUUGAUGAUUACUGGUCAGAAUCAGAUGCUGAUAGUAUUUUAUCAAGUUUCUGCGUUAACAGAAGAGGGAGUGUUAUCGAACAACAGAAAUCUCAACAUGAACCAGCUUCUUUUGAAACUAAAGAAUCUGAUGGAUCUUGCAAGGUGAAAACACCUGCUACUGACAAGAAACUUUCAGAUGUGGAUGACGACAAUGGUCCAACCACUGUGAGUGAGCAGGACACUACAGAAGAUGACACUAAUACUGCAGAGGAACCAGAGAAAGCAGAACAUGAUGAAUCUCAUACUCCAGGGCAACCUGAGAAAGCAGAACAUGCCGAGCUGACAGCAAGUGAACAAGCCAGUGAAGUAGGUGAUGUUCACACUGCUAGUGAACAAGAGAGCGUAGAAGAUGCCGCAAUCACCAUGAGUGAACAAGAGAGCGUAGAAGAUGCACCAAUCACCACGAGUGAACAAGAGAGCGUAGAAGAUGCCCCCAGCACCACAAGUGGACAAACGAAUGUAGAAGAUGCCCCCAGCACUGUAAGUGAGCAGACUAAUGUAGAAGUUAACCGAGUCACUACAAAUGAGCAAGAGCGUGGAGAAGAUGGCCCCAGUUAUUCAAGUGAUCAAGAGAGCAUGGAAGAUGCUUCCAGCACUGCAAGCAGGCAACACGGUGAAGGGCCUGCUUCCUCCAUUGCUGAUGUUCAAAGAAGGAAAGAAAAAGAUCAGGUAAAAGAUGACGUUACAUCUACUAUGAAUCAUCAAGACAUGCAAAAGAAACAUUUGACUCAUGCUAGUCAAGGCAAGAAAGGGCAAAAUGUCUUAUCCUCACCAAGAAAUGAAGAUUCUGUGGUGUUCAGAGAUGAACAGGAAAAUGAAGAUGAUGAUGCUUCCACUGCCACCACUGUGGAUGAUGUCCAGUCAGCAUCAGGUCAUCCACUGAGUGAGAACUGUGUAGCUGAUGUUACAGAGAGCUGUCUUAGUUCUCAGUUUACUCAACCAACUCAGGAUGAAGUUCCUGAUGCAACAACACAGACAAAAAAGAGUUGUACUUCACAAUCAUUGAAAGUUAUAAAAUCGGGUCGAAAGUUAAAUAAGUCUUCGAGUGAUGGUAAAAAUGUAGUUAAGAAACAACCUGAUGGAGCUCUGGUACAAAGUAUACACAACCCUGUUAACAGCGCAGGUUCAGCCAAGAAACAGUGUGAUGGUACUGCUCAGAGUGACGCAAUUAAUACUGCAGAUGAUGUCAUUUCUACAAAUAACGUGCUUUGUCAAAGUGGCAACCUAAAACCAAAACAGAACUUGAAUAAUUCACAUGUGGUGAAUAAAUCACCAUUCAAAAAUGUCAAAAAUAUAGCCAACAUUGAUAAAACUCCAGGUGAGACUACAAUUCGGGUGAACAAUAUAGAAUCAAUAUCAUCUGGUAAAAUUGUGGCUAAAGUCAGUCAGAUAGACACUGUAAGCAAGAGUAAACAAAAUGGCACUGAACAAGGCAGUUCUAAUCAGAAGUGUGAAAAUUUAACACGGACUGUUUUGGAAAUGGACAAAGAUACCAAUAAGAAAAAGCUUAAAACCGUUGCUUCAAAGUCUAACAAAAAAAUUAAUAAGAAGAGGGCAGAGGAAAAAUUUGUACAAGUGGCUGAUGCAAAGUCAUCUCUUUCUACAAGACAAAAAACAAGGAUGCAAAAUGGUAGAAAGGCCAGUGCUUCUGACAGUUCCGUUUUAGUUGAGCAGGGAAAGGUUGGUGAGGGUGAAGAUUUUGAAUGUGGUGGUAAUGACCAUUUCGAAGGUCAAAAUAACAUCUCAACUCUUUCAGUUAAGCACCAAUUGCCUGGAAAUAAAUUUCUGGAAUUGAACAGAUUGGAGACCGGUAUUCCCGAGAAAACUGUCAACAGAAAUUCUGUUCCCGAAUGUUCUGUCAUCGAUAAUAAAAAUAAAGAUAAUAAACAGCAGAAUAACAUGCCUGUGAAGUCUGGUACAAAAAACAAUCACUGUUGUGAACCUGACAAUCAAUGUGAUUUGUUAUCAAACAGUGACAAAUCUGGGACGACAUCAAAAGUGGUUACAGUUUCUGUUAAUGAUGAAGACUGGAAGACCUCCAAAGCUGUCGCAAUGUCUGAGAUCGAAGAAGAUGAUGAUGAUGAUGAUGAUGAGACUCCUACGAAUUCGCAACAGUCUGAUAGUGAGACAGAGGAUGAGGAUACGCCUAGAGCUGUAGCUGUCGUCACAGGGGUGCGGAAACUGGACAUUGAAAACGUCUCUGAUGAAGCAACAUCCAAGUCCGAUUCACCAGCCUCGAAACUGAACGUUGGCGGGAAUGUGACGGGAUCACUGACAAAGAACGAGGAUGGGUUUUCACAGCUCACAAAUCCAACACCAAUGCUGAGCUUCAGAACAAGAAAAAGACUUUCCUAUUCUUUGAUGCAUGAUACUAGUAUACCACAGAAAAAAACACAAGAGAAAAAGAAAAAGCAGCAAAGUAAAAAACUAAACAGUGAAUGUCUCGACUCAUCAGAAACUGACUCUAAUAUGUUCCUCUGUCUUUCACGGAAGAGCUUAGGCAACAAUCGGAGUUCAGUAUUAAGCCAUAAAGAAGAUGAUUACAACUUCUUGAUUGUAGAUGAUGACAGCGACAAUGGUGUAACUGUAAAACAACAGACUUCUAAAAGAAAUACAAGAACUAAAUCAACUGACGCUAAGACAAGAAACCGUAAAGAUGUGAUCAGUAAAAAACAGAAACCAGUGAAGAAAGCAAAUACGCAAAAAAACAGUACUGAGAGUGAUACUGAAUCCGAAAUAAUAAAACAGAAAAGAAAUGUGGGUAAAAAAUCUUCAGAAUUGAAUGUAAGUGGUGGUGAGAAGCAUAUGACUAAGAACAAGAUGUCGGUAAAUAAAGCAAAGGAAAGUAAGACCAAAACGAAUGAUGAGGAACAAUUAUCAAAUAAAAGUAACAAAAUUAAGGUAAGAAGACUUUCAAAUGAGGAAGAUGAACCAGAGGAUUUUGGUCUGUCCGACUCAGAACCUGAGAAAAACUUGGAUAAAGACAAGAAGUCUGUGAAGAAGUCAAAGAAAACUAAGGCCAAAUCGGAUGUUGAAGGACCAUUACCAAAUAAAAAUAAUAAUGUUAAGUUGAAAAAACUUUCAAAUGAGGAAGAUGAAUCAGAGGAUUUUGGUUCGUCUGUCUCAGAACUUGAGAACAUGGCUAAAAACAAGAAGUCUGCAAAUAAAGCAAAAAAAACUAAGACCAGAUCAGAAAAUGAGGAACAGUUACCAAAUAAAAAUAACAAUAUUAAGGUGAGAAGACUUUCAAAUGAGGACGAUGAACCAGAGCCUUUUGCUCUGUCUGACUCAGAACCCGAGAAGAACAUGGCUAAAAAUAAGAAGUCACUCAAGAAAUCAAAGAAAACUAAGACCAAAACAAAGGACGAGGAACAAUUACCAAAUAAAAAUAACAAAAUUAAGGGGAGAAGACUUUCAAAUGAGGACGAUGAACCAGAGGCUUUUGGUCAUUCUGAACCUGAGAACUUGGAAUCUGAGAAGAACUUUGAUAAAAACAAGAAGUCAGUGAAGAAAUCAAAGAAAACUAAGGUCAAAUCAGAUGAGGAGGAACAAUUACCAAAUAAAAAUAACAAAGUUAAGGGGAGAAGACUUUCAAAUGAGGACGAUGAACCAGAGGCUUUUGGUCAUUCUGAACCUGAGGACUUGGAACCUGAGAAGAACUUUGAUAAAAACAAGAAGUCAGUGAAGAAAUCAAAGAAAACUAAGGCCAAAUCAGAUGAGGAGGAACAAUUACCAAAUAAAAAUAACAAAGUUAAGGGGAGAAGACUUUCAAAUGAGGACGAUGAACCAGAGGCUUUUGGUCAUUCUGAACCUGAGGACUUGGAACCUGACAAGAACUUUGAUAAAAACAAGAAGUCUGUGAAGAAAUCAAAGAAAACUAAGGCCAAAUCAGAUAAGGAGGAACAAUUACCAAAUAAAAAUAACAAAAUUAAGGUGAGAAGACUUUCAAAUGAGGACGAUGAACCAGAGGCUUUUGGUCAUUCUGACUCGGAACCUGAGAAGAACUUGGAUAAAAAUAAAAAGUCAGUGAAGAAAUCAAAGAAAACAAAAUCGGACGAUGAGAAAGAUAUGGUGAGAAGACUUUCAGAUGAACCAGAGGCACCUGCUCUGUCUGACGCAGGAGAGCACAGAAAAGAUGAUGAGGUCAUAAGUUCUUCAUCUAAAGCAAAGAAAACAUCAAGCAGAGUUCCACGUAUCACAAAAAAGCAGCCUAAAAGGAAAGGAAAGAAAGUGGACGAUAAGCCAGACAGUGGGGCGGAUAUGUUGACUGAUUCAGAUUUACCCAGGACAGAUGUGAUAGAUGAUGUAUGCGCUGAUGUUAAGAGUCUGGAAUCACACAGUGACUCCACAAUUUCGCCAAAAAGAAAGAGAAAAUACUCCAGUAUAUCUGACACAUCAAGUCGAGCUAUUCGUAAUACGAAGGAUCGAACAAGAAAAUCUCCUAGUAAGUUAAGUAAACAGUUAUGUAAAAAUGAAGGAACUCAACGGUCGGAUAGUUCUGACUGUUGGACCACAGACUCAACAGCUGAAAGUAUAAAGUCGGGACCCUCGAAACAGAAGCUGCCUUCGAAGCUUUCCACCAAGAAGUUGCCGAGAAGAAACAAACUGUCAAAGAAGAAGAAUACAAAAGAGUCUAAGAAGUCUUUGACUGUAGGAUCAGAACUCCAAGAAACGUGUCAUUCCCCAAACUUAAGUGUUCAUGAUUCUAUUCGACAUGCGAUGACAUUGCCACUGGAGAUUCCCCAGAGUGGUGUAUCGCUUCAUUGCAGAUCGUUCACUUCAACUUCAACAAAUUCAAGUGAAAAAGGUAAAAGAUCUAAAGGAAGUUUGCCUCAGAGGAGACUGACUACAUGUCUUGUACAGCCAGGCAGAGUCCGGUCUAAGGAGAGAAAACAGAGACGAGUGACAAUAAACAAAAUGGUGGAGAGAACCUUUAUCAGUCCAACUAGAGGAAGCUCUUCUCAGCAUUCGUCUGUGGAAGACAGUAUUGUGCACUUUGCCGAGGUCACCACGUCAGCUACACCCACAUCCGUACCAGGCACGAAGAAAGAAAAAAUUAUUUUCCCCAAGUCGGCUCCGGAAGGUCUCCGGAGAUCUCAGAGAACGAGAGUACAGACUUUGGAGUGGUAUAAAAAUGAGCGGCUAAUCUAUGAUAGGAGAAAGUCAGGAUGUCUGAUAACUGGAAUUCAACCAUCUUUGGAACAGAAGUAUUUACAAAUGCAAAAAGUACGACGAUUGAAGAAACCCAAAGGAUUACGGAGACUGUCUAAAGGUCGUCUGUUGCACCCAACCAACCUGUCCAUACACGUGGACCUGCCCGAGGACCUUGACCUGACCUGCAGCUCAGAUGUGCCCAUUCUCAACCCAGACAGUCAGGAGGAGAUGAUGCUACGAUGUUUUUCAAAGAAUGAACAUUUUGAAUCAAUUACCCCUUCUGAUGAUGAUGGUGAAGAGAACAGUUCGUUCCUGAUAAGCUAUGCUGUACGACAGCCUAUGGUGAAUUCUGGAAAUUUGAUUCUUCUCCCAUUGGCAGAAAAGAAGAGUCAAAUUGUAGCCAGCCAAAUAUUGUGUUUCUGUGUAAUAUAUGGAAAGAUCUCUGUCACCAUUCAUCGAGCCACAUGUAUUGUGGAAACAGGAAAUCAUUUCUUCAUACCAAGAGGUAAUUCUUACAGUCUGAAGAAUCUGAGAAAUGAAGAAGCUAAGCUAGCCUUUUUCAACUUUACCAAUCUGACGGAGAAAGACUGAUCUUUUAUUAGAACGUUUGAACAAGCAAUGCGCUAAUUUUAAGUGAAUGGGGUUUUCAAACAGUUGUGAACACAGUUUACAGUUUUAUUACAGCAUUAGUGCUCUGGAGAAUGGUUGCACCUGUUAAAGUGGUUCAUACCAUAGACAGACAUCAAAGGCUUGUUGUAAAGUUAUGCACACAUACUGUUAUACAAAAGGCUGUGGUAUGUGCUAUCCUGCCUGGGAUGGUGCAUAUAAAAGUUCCCUUGCUACUAACAGAAAAAUGUAGCGGGUUUCCUCUCUAAGACUGUUAUGUCAAAAAUUACAGAAUGCUUGACAUCCAAUAGCUGAUGAUUAAUAAAUCAAUGUGCUCUAUUGAUGUUGUUAAACAAAACAAACUUUAACAUACUAUUAUGACAUGAUUUUGGAAAUAUCAACCCUUGGAUCAGUAAUGAAUUAAUAUUUUAGUACAUAACAAGGAUAUCUUUCAUCCUCUCUGAUGUCUAGGCACUUAACAACAAGUAUAUGUUCUGUGGGAUUCUACUUGUACACAUUUAUUUACAAAGUUUUGGAUGUGGUUGUUUUAUCUUCCGAAAUACAAAGUGGCUGAGAUGUUCUUAGCAUUUAUGUAGAUUUUUUAGGUUUGGUUUGAUGAUAAUACUAAUAGUGACACUGACAAAGACAGAAGUUUCUUAACUUGCUUUACAAAACAAAUUAUUUUUGUUGUCUUCUUUAUGCAAGUUGAACAUUUACACACCAGUCGGAGCAGGGUGUCCAUUCACUGUGAAAGUGGGAGCCUGUUUAACAAAAGUUGAUGGCUAUAAAUAUUAUGUGCACAAAUCCAAAGAUAUGUAUAGUUAUAAGCAUAAAAAGUACAGAAGCCACCACAAAUUGACACCAGAUCCAAUCUGUGAUGAACAAAGAAUCUAAUUAUUAGUGUUAAUAAGUAAAAACAAAUUGCAGUACUGAACAACCAUAAUAUUGUGGUGUGGUCUUAGAAUACUGGUAAUUCAACGAGUUUUCAAUCAACAACUUUUGAAGGUUAUUGUUGAGUCUCACCACUUGCAGGAAGCCAACAACUUUUGUACCUAACCAUGUAUCAAAAUACUAUAUAAUAUAUAUAUAUAUGACCCACAUAAGUAUUAUCAUUCUAUAAUAAUAUGUAGAAUAAUGACAAUUUUGUACAUAUCAGGAUGAGGAAUAUGAUACUUGUUCAGGCUGGGGCAUUCUUGGAUAUUCUUUCAUUUAUCUUCGUUCUUUCGUUCUUUUUAUUCGAUUUUAUUUGUUGUUAAGCGUACCAGCAAAAUACAUGGAUGAGAUAUCCAAAACACAAGUGCUAAUUAAUUAAUUUAUUUAUUUUGGAUAGUGAAAGGUACUUCACCAAUGCAGUGUAAAAUUUCUUUUAUUACAAAAGUGUUCUGGGCACUGUAUGUGGGACGACUUUAUGUGUUUGUAAUUUAUAUUAAGAUUAGACAGUUAUCUCCUGAGCUACUUGCAACUUGGAUGUGCUCGUUCAGGAUAAGUAAAAGAUGAGAGGCUCAACGAAAUUGAGAAUGGCACUUAUAAAGGGUAGAAUAAAAGUUAAAUGUGUAACGAUAUUGAAGACACAAUGAGUACAAAAUGUUAUUUUAUUUGCAAGUAGUUUUGUUUUAAUAAUAUUUACACAUGUUUUAUCAAUUUAUAUUUAUCAAGAAGCAUCUUAACUGAAAAUAUAAGUAUCUGUCUUGAUAUAAAGUACUGUUAGCUCAAAUUGUAACACAGUUAACCUUGCAGACUUGGUAACUUGUUCCAUCAUCCUUUGCUAUAGGAUGUAGCUUUAUAAUUCAGUUUUCUGCGACAGAAUAUCUUCAUUUUGAAUAUUCUAAACUGUCAUGAUUAUAACCACACCCAAUAGCUGAUGUAUUUUUCGUGCUGGGGUGUCGUUAAACAUUCAUUAAUUCUGAUUAUAACAUGAUAAUUUUUUCAGAAUCUGACCCACAGCUGUGUGACAGUUUGUAUCAGGUGGUGAGAUAGUUAAGUGUGCUGUUGUUGCUGCUGCUGGUUUCAGCUAGAGAGAAUUUCAUUAUCAUUUUGUUGGAGCACUGAAUUUUUUAUAAAACUUUUAGACUCAAACCUCAAAAGCCGUCAUAUGCAUUCAAUUCAUAUGGUGUUAAAGUAUCAGACUUAUUACAGACUUUAAUGUAGACUAAAUGUCUUAUAACAAUGAGGCCUAGCUCGCACUCCUAGAGGUAGCAGUAGGCCUAUAUAUUUGUAACAUAACUCCAUAUUUUAUGGCAGGCCGAAAUUAUAUAUUUACCUGGUAAUGGAAUCUUUGUAAUAAAUUUCAUAUAAAUUGCAAAUUUGAGAAGUUUUGUUUGCUUGAAAAGUUUGUAUUACUAGUAAAAAACAAUUGUACAUUUAUAUUGCAAUUAUUCAAUAUGAUAACCGUUUCUUACAUAAAACGUAGCUGUUUGUUAACUUACUUCAAUUUUUCAAUGUAGUGGUGGCAAAUCUGUAUACAUUGUACAUUUAUUCAAUUACUUAUUAGUUUAGCAAAUAUAUGUACCAAUUCAGACUUCGGGGGAAAUUCCACAUUGAGAACAAUUUACAGUCCAUCAAUAAAAACUUCAACCCUG